AUGCCCUCCUCGGCACCGCAGUCUCAAGCUUCUAUGCUCGCCGCAAUCACUACGGAUCUGGAUAAAAUAGCCCCCAGAUUCGAGAUCCAUCCGGAUCAAAUACAGAUAUUGAAAACGCCCGCGGAAUUCUACGAGACUCUCAAACAUAAAAUCUCCCACGCCCAAACUCGAAUCUACCUCAGCACUCUCUACGUCGGCACAGCCGAACACGACCUCAUCUCAACAAUCCGCUCCGCCCUCCAGCGCAACCCUAACCUGCGCAUCUCUAUCCUAACCGACGCCCUACGUGGCACGCGGGAAGCCCCCAACCCGUCCUGCGCCUCGCUCCUGGCCCCUCUGAUCGCCGAGUUCGGCGACAGAGUUGAAGUCCGCAUGUUCCACACGCCCAAUCUCACCGGCUUAAGGAAGAAAGCCGUGCCUAAGAGGAUCAACGAGGGCUGGGGCCUGCAACACAUGAAGCUGUACGGCGUCGACGACGAAGUCAUCAUCUCGGGCGCAAACCUGAGUAGCGACUAUUUCACCAACCGCCAGGAUCGGUACCACCUGUUCAAGUCGGCGGAGCUAACCAGCUACUUCGGGAAGAUCCACGACGGCGUCUGCGACCUGUCCUUCGCAAUCCACCCAGACAAGUCAGAAGCAGCAGGCUACACCAUGGCCUGGCCAUCUUCCAACCCCGCGCCCUGCCCCCUUUCCUCCCCAUCCGCCUUCAAAUCCUCCGCCUCAAAACACCUCUCCCACCUCCUCCUCCCCUCCAACUCCCCGCCCACAACCCCCUCCACCACCACCACCACCACCACAACAACAACAACAACAACAACAACAACAACAACAACAACAACAACAACAAUCUACCCCAUCCUCUCCCUCGUCCCCCUCCUCCACACCUCCACCGAACUCCCCGCCCUCACCACCAUCCUCACCGCCCUCGCCCGCCCGCCCUUCCACCCCAGCACCUGGACCUUCACCGCCGGCUACUUCAACAUGACGCCCUCCUUCCGGCGCCUGCUGAUCGCCACGCGCCCCGCGCACGGCACCGUGCUGACCGCGCACCCGCACGCGAACGGCUUCUUCGGCUCCAAGGGCGUCAGCGGCAUGCUGCCGGACGCGUACACGCACCUGGCGAAGAUGUUCCUGCGCCGUGUGCGCUACGAGGGCCUCUCGCAGCACAUCGAGCUGCGCGAGUGGAAGCGCGGCAAGAUCGGCGAGCAGGACGGCUGGACCUACCACGCCAAGGGCAUCUGGGUCACCCUGCCGUCCUCCGAACCGGAGAAGCCGCCUGCGCCGUCGGCGAAGGAAGAGGAUCCGUGUCUUACGGUCGUCGGGUCGAGUAACUACACCAAGCGCUCGUAUGAGCUCGAUCUGGAGGCUAAUGUCGUCAUCGCGACGUCUGACCCGGGACUGCGAAGGAGACUGGGAGAGGAGGUGCGGUGGCUGGGCGAGUACGCGAAACCGGUUGAUGAGAGCGAGUUUGAGAAGCCGGAGCGGAAAGUGAGCGUUGGAGUUAAGCUGAGCAUGUGGCUUGUACGGGUACUAGGUGGGGCUUUGUAA